AUGAUAAAUAAACUAAAUCUCUUCCUAGUCCUAGCAACUCUAUUCUUGCUAACCACUUCUAGAUAAUAAUAGGAGAGUAAACUAAAUACCAUCGAUUCUCCUCUUGAAAUUUUAAUAGAAUACUGUACUAGUUGAUCUUACAAGGGAGCAUAUCAACAAUUAGAAAAUGCUCUCUUAAAUUAAUACUCAAAUAAGAUUAAUGUGAUAGGUUAGCCUUUUCCAAUAGGGCCUUAAAAGGAAAUGUUAGUAAACUGUCUAACAUACAUUCAAUAUGGAUCCUUAAUAGUCUUAGUGCUAUUUGAUUCAAUAUUGUCAAAUAAGAUUUCAUUAUGGCAAUAAUACAUUAGUCCACAUAAGAUGAGAGCAGGAAUCAUGAUAUUCAUUGGAUUUAAUUUCAUCAUUUAGAAUUUAUAAUCCACAGGAGCAUUUGAAGUAACAAUAAAUGGAUAACUUGUACACUCUAAACUAACAACAGGGUAAAUGCCAACUGUUAAAUAAAUUUCAGACUUUGUUAGUUCUUUAGUAUGAAAA